AUGUCUGGCGACAAUAACAUAUCUGAGACGGCUUCAUUAGCAUCGUCCCUUUCUCAUAACGAAGAAGAAAUCAGCUCUCAACAUCAAGUCAACCCUAUACAUGAUCAUCCCUCCAUCCAUCUGACUGAUAAUGCUACUGGAGUGCAACCAUCAGUAUCGGAAAUAUCAACAGCUAGCCGUAUUAAAUCAAGACAAUCUUCCGUAAAGACAAAUAGGGUAUCUCUAAAGAAUAGAAGAGGAUUAUUAUCAACCAUAGUUUUAAUUCCAGAAUAUGAAGAUGCCAGAGAUUAUCCUUUAUCAGUUAAAUAUACUAUAGUGGCUAUCAUUGCUUUUGCUGCCAUCACAGGUCCAAUGGGUACUUCAAUCAUGUUACCUGCCAUUGAUGAUAUUGUCAAAAACUUAGACACAACCGUAUCUAUGGUUAAUAUUUCAGUGGGGAUUUAUCUUCUAUCAUUAGGUAUUUUCCCCUUAUGGUGGUCUGCAUUCAGUGAAAGAUUUGGAAGAAGAAGUGUUUAUCUCGUAUCAUUUUUAAUGUUUUUUGCAUUUUCAAUCGGUACAGCGUUAGCUCCAUCUAUCUCAGCUUUAAUCGUACUAAGAGUUUUACAAGGUGGAUGUUCUGCUUCUGUUCAAGCAGUUGGUGCUGGUACCAUUGCUGAUUUAUUCUCUCCACAAAAUAGAGGUAAUGCGAUGGGUUAUUAUUAUUUAGGUCCAUUAUGUGGUCCUUUCUUCGCUCCAAUCUUAGGUGGGGUUGUAGCUCAAGUAUGGGGUUGGAGAGCUACCCAAUGGUUAUUGGUUAUAUUCAGUGGUUGUAAUUGUGUAUUGAUUGUAUUUUUAUUACCAGAAACUUUAAGAAAAAGUGAUAAUUUAGCUGCUAUAAGAGCCAUGUUAGAUGCAACUAAUCCUCAUUCAAAUGAUAAGGAAGAAGAAGAAUCUUCUGGAAUAUUGCAAAGAAUGGCUACCAAUUUAUCAAGAUUCAGCUCUCGAAGUUCAAUCCUUUUAAGCAACUUUCCAAAUGACAGGGAUGGUGAUGAUGAAGAGGACGAAAUCGUGGUUGAUCCUAUAAUGCCAUCACUUUCAAAAGUAGCUACCAAUAGAUCCACCUAUUCUCGUAAAGUAGCUCAAGAAUUACUCGAUGAAGAAUUAAAGAAAUCAAUAUCUCACAUAGCAUCCCAUACCAAUAAUAAUAUAGACGGUGAUGCCAAUGUAAAUCCAAAUGACCAAAACGCAGUUCCUUCCAAAUGGGAUGAGUAUAAACAUAACGCUUAUGAAAUCUUAAUUCGUCCUAUGCAUUCCAUCAUUCUUUUGAAACAUCCACCAGUAGCAUUAGUCAUUGUCUAUUCAUCCUGUUGUUUUGCGGUGGUUUAUUUCUUCAACAUGACCAUUUCAUAUUGCUAUGCUCAUGAACCAUACAAUUUCUCCAGUAUCAUCAUUGGGUUAUUAUAUAUCCCCAAUUCAAUCACUUAUAUCAUAGCUUCCAUCAUUGGUGGAAAAUGGAAUGAUCAUUUAUUAGCUAAAUAUGCUAAAUCUCAUAAUGGAGACUUGGCUCCAGAAUCAAGAAUAAGUUGGAAUAUUGUCACGGCUAUCAUAUUAUAUCCACCUGCUUGUCUUAUUUUUGGAUGGGCAUUGAAGUAUGGAGAAUUUUGGCUUAUCCCAUUGAUUGGUACGGCUUUAUUUGGUUUCGCUUCAAUGUUGGUUAUUGGUGCAACUGUAACAUAUUUGGUUGACACUUUACCAGGUAAAGGUGCUACCGGUGUGGCAUUAAAUAAUUUAAUUCGUCAAAUUUUGGCUGCUACAGCUACAUUUGUAGUAGAACCUUUAUUAAGAGCCAUUGGACCAGGCAUUUUAUUCACUAUUUUGAUGGGUAUAAUGUCCAUUGCAUCUAUAUCAUUGAUCAUCUUGAAACGUAAAGGGCCAUAUUUUAGAGAGCAUUAUCAAUUAGGAAAGUUAUAUGAUAAGCUUUAA